CAUGGGAGAGAUCCAUAAGGCAAAUUGGAUUUGAGAGUGUGAUUGAUGCUGACGCCGGGAACGGUAUCCGAGUGUUCAUCCCAGACAUCGGUAUGUUCAUGGUGGGCUUGGCCAUCUGGAUGCUGUGUCGCAGUUUGGUCCAAAAGAGGCCGCCUGAGGACAUGGCGCAGGAUAACGCCGACUUCGAAGCAGAGGAACAAGAAGAGGACGAGAAGCUGAGCCUAGAAGACCACAUUUUUCUCGAAGAGGACUCUAACGGGGGCUACGAGGCCGAAGAAGACGAGGAAUCUGAAGGGCAUGAGAGUGAGGGAGGAGAAGAAGAAGAGGAGGAGAAAGCAAAAGAGAGGGUCAAGAUGAAGAUCCUGCGGUUGGUGGCGCAAGUCGCCUCCAAAGUGAAGGAAGUCAUCGGGAACUUAAUCACUACAGCGGGUCCGGUGGUGGUGACCGUCUUGUUGGGAAUAACGGGGAUGAUGCUACCCUCUUUGACCUCGGCGGUCUACUUCUUUAUCUUCCUGUUUCUGUGCACCUGGUGGUCCCUGCGGCGGACCUUCGACAAGCUGCUCUUCAGCUGCAUGUGCGUCCUGAUGGCCAUUUUCAGUGCCGGACACCUCAUUGUCCUCUACCUCUACCAGUUCCAGUCCUUCCAGGAUUCUGUCACGCCGGAAGACAGCUACAUCAGGUACUUUGGCAUGUCCCCCGUCAUUCAGAACGACUGUUCCAGGACUUGGAAGCUUAUCAGGAACACCAACCGCAAAUGGCACCACUUUGUAAACCCCAUCAUGCUGCUGGUCCUCUACUACACGCUGGCCACGCUCAUUCGCCUCUGGCUGCAGGAGCCCGUUGAUGAGAUGACGGACGACAAGGAGGAAGACAUGUGUGAGGAGGAGGAGGAGGAGCUGGUCGGAAACGGGACAAAUAACACGGCCAACAGGAAGAGGCAGCUGUGGUGGGAAUACCGGCAAGGCACCGAUGAGAAAAAUCUCCUCUCUACCCAGGACGGCAUCAGUACAACCGAGGUUGUACUCGCCCCAAAUGGUACAUCCUUCGACUUUGUCACCGAUAACGGCCCUGUCUAUCUGGACUUGUACUCCACCCCGCACUACAAAACGGACCAGUCCGAUAAUUGUACAGAGAAGGAGGACAUGUCCGCUCUAUGA